GUGAACUUUUGGGGGGCGGAUUGCGAAAAGCGGAAAGUUAUCCGUCGAGGGUUCAGCUGAAACCUGAUCUUUUAUUGAAAAGGCAUUUGGAUAUUGAUAUCCAACAUGUCAAGCCUCUCAGAUGAUGAAGAGCUUCUUAGUAAGCUGGAGACUUUGGAUCUAAAAACAACACUUAAUGAGGAUAUUGCUAUUCUGGACACUGAAGAGUUCCAACUACCACCAGUUGAUGCCCUGCCGACUCUGGAGAGCAUACUGGGCGAGGAUGACCAGGGCAACACUGCUUCACCAGCAAACAGCGGCUCUGCUCAGCACCAUAGCGCCGAUACGGUGUCAGACUGCGGCAGUGUCGACUCACUGGGCGGUGAGAGCGCGCCCACUCACCUCCGACACACACCACUGCUGGGCGUCUCCUCUCAGCUCCAGUCGGCCGCCGACCGCGUCUCGGCGGGCGCUCCGACGGCGCUGGCGGCCGGGGCGGUGAUCGCCGUCGGUACCUCGCACGGCCUCUGUCUGGUGUUCGAGACACACGAGGCGAUGCGCUACUGUCUGGGAGACAGUCGCAGCGGACAGCAGCUGGGAGCAGUGUCCUGUCUGGACCUGUCACCGGACAGCACUCGACUGAUUGCUGGGUACGCGCGCGGCCACAUCCAGCUGUACGACGUCGCCCAGGGCAAACUGGUCAUGAAGGUGGACGAGGCGCACCAGCGCUCCACCGCCAUCAUACACCUCCGGUUCACGGACGUGCCGGACGUGGCGCUGUUCUCGGACAGCGGCGGCUCCGUGUUCGAACUCCGCCUGCGCCGCUCGCUGGGCCGCCGCUCGGCCGCCGCCCGUUGUCUAUUCUCGGGCAGCCGCGGAGAGGUGGUCACUAUGGAACCCCUGCCGACCGCCGAGCACCCCACCCACCCCCUGCAGCCGCAGAUGAUUGUCGCCAUGGCAACCAUGUCCAAGGUGAUUGUGGUGAGCGCCCGUCCGCAGCUGCGCGUCCUGUUCACCCACCCACUGGAGGCCGGGCCCAUCCACGUGCCGCUCUUAGACUGGCAGUUCGUGGUGAUACGAGUCGGCAGCGGGGUCAAUAUGGUCGACCCCGUGCUGACGUUCGCCAGAAAGUCCACCGUCUACUUCUACCAGGUGUGCUGUCCGUCCGAGCAGACCAAGUUCGUGCCGCUGCAGUGGGUCGAGUUUCCGUUCGUCAUCCAGAACAUCAAGUGGAUGAACUCUCGGACGCUGGCGCUGGUCGACACGCAGGAGAAGCUGCACCUGUGGGACGUGCGGGGGCAGCAGCAGCUCGAGACGCUGGAUCUGUCGUUUGUCAAGAUGGUCUACUCCACCAGCUAUUUCAAAGGCCUGGCGACUGGCGGGAAUGUCAGCAAGGCCAUGGCGGUGGCCGGUGAGAAGGCCUGCUACGAGUCGUGUCUGGUCUCUGGCGGCCAGCUGAUGCUGCUCGGCACACGUGGCCUCCACGUGCUCACUCUGCGCACGUGGCUGGAGCGUGUGGAGGCGCACGUGCGGGCCGGCGACUUUGCCGCGGCGCUCCGACUGGCCUGGAGUCUGUACGGGGAGCGAAGUGCGCCGAUGAUGGGACUGCAGGGAUCCUCCGGUCGGCGGCAGGCCAUCAUCAAGGAGAGGAUGCUCUCCCUCGUGGACGAGUGGCUCGAGUAUUGUCUGCGCACCGCCAGUCCGGAGCAGUCGCUCUCUCAGGCCGUGCCCACCUGUGUGCAGUACCUACUGGACCUCGGCGAAAGUGAGGUCCUGUUCGGCCGCGUCACCUCGCUGCUCGAGUCGGAGCCGGCCGGGGUGCCCCUCCUGCUGGACGGCCUGCUGCCUCACAUCAGCGCCGGGCGACUGACCGCGCCGCCGCCGCUGGUCAUGCAGCGGCUGGUCACCCACCUGGAGCAGCAGGGGAGGCUUCAGACCCUGGAGGAGUGUCUGGUGCGGGUCGACAUACCCUCGCUGGACAUUAACCAGGUGCUGCCUAUGUGUUGGCGGCGUGGCCUCUACGAUGUCAUCGUGCGAAUCCACACGGUCGGCAUGGGCGACUACGUGUCGCCGCUGCUGGAGAUGCUGAGCCGGCUCUCUGCACUACUCGCUGAUGGCGCUCCUCUAAUGGACGGCCAGGCCCAGCUAGGCAACAAGCUGCUGGUGUACAUCUCGAGCUGCCUGGCCGGCCGCGGCUACCCGAGCGGUCAGAUCCCCUCUGAGCGUGUCCACGAGGUGAAGCUGGCGGUACUGAGCGCCCUGACGGCCGUGCACUCAAAGAACGCGGCGGACACGGAGCGGCCGUACCCGCACCUCAGGACGCUGCUGACGUUCGACACGCGCGAGUUCCUGAACGUGCUGUCUCUGUCGUUCGAGGAGGACGUCUUCUGCUCGGAGCUGGGCAUGCGGCACCGGCAGCGGAUAGUCGACAUCCUGCUCACUCUUAUGGUCGAUAAGGAGGAAUACUCGGCGUCCCAGGUGGGCUCUCUGUUUACGUUUAUCGCCCGUCAGAUGGCGCUGCCCAACAGCACAGUCUCCGUCUCCAGGGACCUCUUUGAUAAGGUUGUAGACCAUCUAACUGUCCCGGGUGACACGGCCCACCACGAGGAGCGGCAGCAGGCGCUGGCCGAGCUCAUAUCCACCGGUGUGCUGCAGCACUACGACACCGAGAGGCUGGCGCAGCUCGCAGAGGCCGCCAAAUUUUACCGGAUCUGCGAGCUACUGUUCGAGGGCCGCGGCGAGUUUGACCGGGCCGCCGGCUGUAUGCUCCGCCACGGCUCGGGCCGCUCCUCUGUGCACCGGUUCGUGGCCGAGCGGGCGGCCGCUGAGAGGACCGCGCCGGUGGCCCCGCCCCGGGACGCCGCCUCCAUCGCGCUCUGCUACCUUCAGGACCUGUUAGACAUUGACCUGGACCGCACGGCGGCUCUGUUCACCUCGUGCCUGUCCCGUCACCUGGAGGAGGCCGUACAGAGGCUGGACUCGUCCCCCAAGCAGCGCUACCGCUUCCUGGGGGCCAUCCUACAGCAGAGUUCCAGUAUGGUGCUCCCCGGCUCCGUCUAUGGACAAUACCUCACUCUGAUGUGUCAGCUCGAACCGGACCGGGUGACGCAGUUCAUCAGUGAACAGGACACCUUCGACGACGAGAACUACCUCAAGAUUUGCCGGUCUGCCGGCCACAGGGAGGGAGAGGCGCACCUACUGGAGCGGAGCGGGGACACGGCUGCCGCCCUACAAACACUCAUCGACGGACUGAGCGACUUCGAACGGACGAGCGUCCCCGCCGCCCGGCUGGUGUCCCGUCUGAGCGCGGCCAUCCGGCUCUGCCAGCGCUCGGCCGGCCGGCUGCCCGACGAACACCGUCGGAGGGGCUGGUUCACACUGCUCGAGAGGGCCGUGGCCUUCCAGCAGUCGGACCUGGAUCCCGAUCUGGUGAAGGGCCUGGUGCCGAUGGUUGUUGGCUCGAUGAUCGGCCACGUUCCGCUACCGGAGGUGAUGAGGCGGCUGCUCAAGGAACCGGCCUACUCGGGCGGACAGCUGGGACAGCUCAGGCCGCUUCUGGCAGACCUGCUCCGGACGUGCGAGUACGAGCGCGUGCUAUACGACAGCGCGCGGCGCAUCACUCAGGCCGACACGUGGCACGGACACGUGCAGAAGCGGCACGUGCAGAGCCGCGGCUAUGGCGCGCCGGGCCGGUGCCACGUGUGCAGUCGGCGGCCCGACCUGCAGGCCGGUCAGAUGCUGGCAUUCAGGUGUGGCCACUUUUGUCACACGGCCUGCGCGCCGCCCACGGAGGCCGGUCAGGAGCGGCGGUGUGCGCUGUGCCACGGCCGAGACGCCCAGCAGCCCGGCCGGGGACCAGAGUCCACAGAGGACAGCGGUCAGCGCUCAGGAGACUCGGGCGGGGGUGGGAGCGGGCCCGCCGCCCCCGCGGUGGUACGGGCCGGUCCCACGGCAAUCACGGGUCCUAGUCUGACCGACCUGGUACUGGCGGGGAGGUAGUCUGGUGCGGGGAGGGGCGGGGACGCGCCUCAGGGGUCGCUACUUAUAAAGACACGCGAAAUAGCUCAUACUCGGCGAGGCUGGAGCGCGGGCGACUUUUAGAGAUAGAGGGCGUGUUACCAUGCUAGCUACCAAAGUGUAAACAGUCUCAGUAAUUACCAGCCUUGUCUGCCUCAGUGCGUUGGGACCUACGAGCUUAGGGAAACAGCGGUGAGCACUGCAGCUUGUCCUUGUGCUGCCGAAACUUCAGUGCGUCAAAGGCAUUUCGCUUUCGCUGGCUCCAAUGUUGCAUUAGCUGUUGGUACUUUGAUACGCUAUGCUGUUUUGUUUUCUCCAAGUCAUUAAAUGCUCACAUCGUACAACGUUGCGCUUGUAUGCAUUAGCUUGUGGUGUAACCAUGGCUGCCAAUCAGAUGAAGGUUAUUUGCUUAAGGUGACAACCCAGCGUGUUAUGAACAGCAUGUGACCAAGUGAUUAUGAGGAUAUAUUGUGUUUGUUACGUUGUUAAUCACUUUGCGUUGUUAUAUCACUUCUGCGAUAUACCGUGAUCACUUUUGCGAUAUACCGUGAUCUUAUGUUAAACAGCUGUGAUCAAGUUCGUUCCUUGUGAGGUUCGAUAUCGUUUAGCCUGGAACACAGCUCUUUCAAGCGUGCAAAUUACGUCUCAGCACCUUCCGUUGUAAUGCAUGGCAUAUGUGUCCGCUCCCAACUCGCGGCACAAUGCGCUACGAAUUGAGAGCGGAAAAUAUUCAUGCAUUAAAAUGGAAGGGUGGUGAGACGUGAUUUGUACACUUGAAAGCUGUGUCCCAGCCUUUAGCCCAUGCUUAUUUAUACUUUUUGUGAACGUAGCCGCAUCGUAUGCAUUUUAAACGAAUAGCUCGCGAGUACAUUAUUGGUAGGACGGAUCUCAUCCAAAUAAUACGAUGAAUUACCAGAGACCGCUGCGUCUGGGUGCAAACGUCUGGUAGCGCCUGGUUCGGACCUCUUAUAUAACUGCUGUCCAGGUAGCUCGUGAUAUAGCCCAGUACGAGUGAUUUUCCGACCGACAGGUUAUGCUAUUGCUGCUAAUCGAUGUUCCCUGCCGUCGCCCAGGGAGAUUUACCCUCCUGGAGAAACUGCCUGAAGUCAAUUUGUCAGAAAUAUGCAUGCUAUUCCAGGGGUGCAGUAUCAAACGCGCAUGAAUGUCAAAUACACAUUAUUCAUAUCAA